AGCGCUGUGUACACAUAAUCCCCAUCAUAUGAUGUGCACAAUAUCAUCAACAUGUUUUAUAAACUCUUUUUCAGCUAAAACAACGUCAUCGUCGACCAUCUAUCACCAAGAAACUACCAACAACCAACCAGUCGAUCCAUCAGAGCCCAAGAACAACAUGCCACCAGCGCAGAAACGACACCAUCCCUCCAAUCCCUGACAGACCCCGUUCCUUUCCACGCAAGUGACCACACGACCGUAGCUCCUUCGCAAUGCGAUUCCCAUGGAAAGCCGAACAUUUCUUCUCUUUGGUCACCUGUCAAAAGUGACAGCAGCUUGUCAAGCUCCCUCUCUCAGAAAGAAUGUAAACCCUUCUAGUUGGCGCGCAGAAAACCACAAGGCUCCGAUACAUUGACAAGAAGACACAAAAAAAAAAUCCAACAGGAAACGGAUACGCUUAACCGAAACACAACCACUCACACACACAGAUAAACACAGCGAUUUUUUAGGUAAUCAUACAUGUUUGAUUUAUUUUUAUACGAAGUUAUAUUUGUACCAGAAAAGCUUUUAUUGAGUAAAUUGCGGAAAAAGAAGCGGCAACAAUCGAUACCGGUUCACCACCGUCGUACAAAGAAAGACAAACGCGGUUAUUAUCUUUGCGUUUGAUUACGAUUGCAAACACUCACUCACACAACCACCUUUCGGAAUCGACGAGUGUCCAUGGGUGAUCCAUCAUUGUCGUUGUACGCGCCAUCACCGUCGCCGCCGCCAUUGUCGUAGUCCCCCAGUCAGUUAGGAUUUGAUAGGUAAAAGGUAUUUUUUUUCUGUUUUCGAUGGACAGUGAAGCUAGAAGACCUGACGAGUUUGCGGUCGUAUUUCCGUGACUUGAUUUGAAAAAUUAAUAGGUUUCUUUGCCGCCCCCCACGCUGCCUGAAGUCGUCCAGUCGCCAUAAUCAAACCAGGGGAGCAACAGAAACACGAAAGAAAAACUAAAAUAAUGAUCAGACAAUACUCAUGAAUAAGUUAGUGGGCAACUAGUUGCUUGUGUAGGUAGUGCAAUCAAAGCAGAGCGAAAAAUAAAAGGGAUAUCGAUUUAUUUAUUGGGUUAAGGAACAUUUUCACGAGGCCAUUCCAGCGGAAAUGUGUGAGACGAUUCUGUCCAGUGUAGCGCAGGGUUGUUGAUAGAUGUUAGGUUUGCGGUAGGGAUGUCCAGCGUCGAUGUGAGAGCUAUGUAGGGUGAAGUUAGGAUCGGUAGAGCUUAGCUGGCAUUGAUGAGGGUUAUUUUGUGAGGUUAACUUUUGGAACUGUUUUACUUCCGCGAGUCAAACGCUUCCGCACUUCCCGGAGCAAGAAAUUGGGAGUUAAUUCUUUUGUACACGGGUAGGGUAAGCAAUCCGUUGAUGUUAUCAUUUACAACCUAGAGCUGAGGAUUGAUGAGUUUGUUGAAAUUUUUGAUAACCGAUAAGUGUUGAUUUGAUGAGUUUUGCUCGGUCCAAUUAGAAGAGGUGAUAGUUUUCGUACGAAGAGCAGAAGUAUUUUCGAUGAGAUUUUUUAAGUCCAGAGCCUGAUCAACGAGCAAGAUAUCACGAUAGCGAGUUGCCAUCCCCACAAAUACGCAGAAUAUAACUCACUGUUAUAAAGAGAACAACAAUCGAAGAUGUUUAAAUAUUGUUGUAUUUGUUACCUAUUCUAAGUCUAGGCAACGUUAAGCUACCAAUCAAAGUUUCAGAACGAGAGCAACCAAAGGAAUUUUAUAUUUGAUUUUACACGAGACAGCCCUAGGAAUUAUUGAAACGCUAUAAACAAGAAAACAGCAAGGACUUGUAGAGGCAUAAAGGGUAGAUGUUUUUCAGCGAUUUUCUAACAUUUUAUACAAAAAAAAGACAAUUGAAGUGCAACAAGCUACUGAGAAACAGGUAGACAGCUAAGGCAACUAAACGUAAUAAAACACACAUACAUACCAAAGUAUUUUAGGAGAUACGCGUCAAUGUUAGAUGAACCAGGUGGUAUUUUGCGCUUGAAAGUGUUAAUUUUAUAGGGAGCUUUAAACGUCUGUAACUGUACUGUUAAGAGAGGCCACACUAACACUAGGAACACUGAACACACACAUCUAAUACUACACCAUUUUAUCAAAUACUGCAACAAGCCCACACGAAACAAAAGAUCUUAAUUUUAAAAUCCAAGGGAACUCCCUUACACUAGGAAGAAAUGAAAUUUAUGAGUCUUUAUUGUUGAUAAUCGGAUAACUAGAAGCACCAAACGAAAAACCAAAUCUUUUUUGAUAACUGUCUACAAGCUGUUUAGGUAUUAACAAAGAGAAAACAUGUUUCAACUUUAUGUCGCAUGUGCGUAAACCCCCAACUCCCUGUCCCGACUGUCGUAUUCUACGCGUAACCGUGGCUUGAACGUACGAAAUUGAUGUUACUUAGCGCAAAGCUGAAUUGGAAUAGAUUCUACUGGCACAAACUCUCUCUCUUCGAUCGAUCGACAACACGACACUCACACUCAUAACAGAGACACUGUAGAAGCGACACGCACAAUCGGCCGGCACCAUGUAUGCAGCAGCCGGAGGUGCCUCGUUGGCCUCCCGCCAGGCCCGCAAGAAACAAGCCGCCCAGAACACCAAGAACAAGGCCACCAACCAGCAGAUCCUCCGGGAGAAGCUCGCUGCCAAGGCGGUCACCACACCGACCAAAAGUAAACAGUUUCACCAGUUACCUGCCUCGUAUCUCCGGGCGCCCCACCAGCACCAUCGGAAGCUCAGCGCCGGCUACACGACAGUUCCCGGUUUCGACCAGCACCAGAAAUCGUUGGUACCUAUCAGUGAACAAUCUUCUUCAUCCCAUGGAGCUCAUCCGCCUCAUACGCCCCAUCAUCACCACCAUCACCAUCAUCACCAUCCGGGUCAUCCGGGUCCAUGCUAUGCCGUUCAUGGACCAUCGGGCGGAAGUGCCGGUGCAAGUGGCACCGCCGCUGCCGCCCAUCCCCCAUUCCCAAAACCAACCGGAUUCCGCGAAUACGACAAACUGGUAAGACGUCAACAGCUAACCAAGUCCGCAACCGCCACAUUGCCACUGGUCUCACAAGCACAAGAUCUAACACCACCACAAACGCCUACCGCUACCCUCUGCUUCGCCGAUCAACAACAUCAGCGCUCCACACUUCAUCUCGCCAGCCCAAAUCCCAACACAUUCUCACAGCCCCUUCACCUACAAAUACCCACCAACGAUCCGAUCAUAAUUACACCGGCCACACCGCAGGCCACUCCACCGGGCAAGCUCAACCUUCCGCUCACCUCCACAACCGCCGAUGACGCCGCCGAGGGACAACCGCUGACCCCGACUCCGGGAGCGCUGGAGCGCAAGUGCAGCGUCUACCGGAGCCGUAGUAAGCACGACCCGCUCGACGAACACCUGUUCUACAACCAAACGACAAUAAGCAGCCAGCAGCAGCACGAGGCCGCAUACUACGCGCAGCAUCAGCUUCCGAAUGGCGAUCAGCAGCAGCUGCAGAGCUACGUCUGCAAGUGGGACACCGAGUACUACUGCUGUGACGCCGAACACCGGCAGCUGGGCGUUUGUACCUGUGAUCACAUCGAGUGUGCCCAAGGUCGUGCCGCAUGGCUGGAACGCGGUAGGCGAUGCAGCGUGCAAGAAACACCCGCCUCCUGCCAUCGACGAUGGGUCAAACGUAAUCGGAUACAAGACUCAUCGGUUGGUGGCUCCUCGGACGACGAGGACUUACUCGGUGUGCUGAGAGGCCCCAGUUCAUUCGCCAAUGCCUUCCUUUACGUAGGUUUAGGUACGAUAGCAAUUGGAUUAGUAAUAGCGUUCGUCGGUACCGGCGAGAAAGGAUUCAAAACGGUUGAACUAAGACUAAUCGGACCAUCGUUAAUCGGUCUCGGCUUAUUUUGUUGUAUAUUGCGAAUCCUGUUUUGUAUAUGCCCGUCACACUGUUUAUCAUCUAGUCGUAGAGCGCGAAAUAAGAAAAACGCUAAAAUAGACGCCGAUCACCGAACUUCCCUGCUGCGUGGCGACAGCAAACGAGUAUCGAUAGCACGCGGACCUCACAUACCGACAAAACAGCCACAGAUCUACCCCAAGUCGAUAGUGAAAACCAAAACGUACGAGGGCGUGGAAGCACUUCGGCAGAUAGCGACCACUUCAUUGUUCCUUCAGAACGAGCAAAAAGUAUCAUCCAACCGCAUUGUCCCCAUCAUCAAAGAACCGGAAAAAGGAGAAGAACCACCUUUAGAGCUGAAGAAAAUCAACUCCCUCAAGGCUGAUACGCUUAGUGUGAUAGACAUCGUUAGUAUAUCGGACGGCGAAGAUGACGCAGAGGAUGACCGAAGCCACAAGCACCACCCGCACCAGGCCGGCAAGGUUUCCGACACCCAGGUGAUAGACCUGACCGGUGAGGACGACCAUUCGCACCCGGUCGAUUCCCAUCACCAGCGAAAGGACAGCAAGCUUCGGAGGCAGCGAACCUCGGUGAACCAGCAGAAGUCCGACACCGGAGCGUCGUCACUGUCACCGCCGGCCGGUGGCAGUGGUGCCAGUUCCGGUGGCGGAAGUCUACUGAUGGAAACCUCGCUGAUGAUCAUCGGUCCCACGCCGGUGAGCUCACCAACCAAACCAAUGCAACAAUCAACCCUCACGGUACCGAUGACCACACAGCUGGACGGAGCACCUCGGUCGUCGUCGUCCGCUGGUAGUGGUGGUUCGCUGCUGACAGUGCUGCCAACACAAUCAACCUCGUCCACGUCCGCCUUCGGAGCGAUCGUAGCUCCCAGCAUAAACAACAACCACACGCAGGUGCCCGGAUCACUAUCACCGCUGCCGUCGACCUCGUAUCUACCCAAUGCGGCAGCGCUAAUGUCCCACAUUUCCCCUCUGUCACCACCGCACAACACUUCCGGUCACACGCAUAACAGCAGUAGUAGCAGUAGCAGCUAUCUCCUGUCGCCACCGCCCGUCGGGGCCGGACAUCACUCCUCGCCUAGCCCCAAUCAGUACGAUCCGCUCACGCUAGGUACCAACACAGUCACCACGACAUCCCCAUUGCUACAAUCACCUCCAUCAGCCGCGACCACUACCAAGAACGAACCGGAACUAGUGUUAAGUCCAGCGAAAUUAGGACAGUAGGCUAUAACUAUACAACACAAUAUAUAGA